AUUAUUUUUAGAACCUGCGAAAUAUCUUUACAUUAUAUUAAAUAUUAUAAAAAAGACAUAUUUAUUCGUCGUUUUCAUGUUAUUGGUUGUCCUUGCGCUUUCUCACGUGUUUUUACUCUUAUUACAACAUACGGACUUUUCUGAUCUUGACGAUAUCACUUCUAAGACGUCAAGCUAUACUAUACAAAAUAGUGCGGGUGAAACGAUCAGCACAUCUGUACAAGAUUUUAAUCGAAAACUUGAUAAUCCAAGUAAAAAUUUUGGUACAUCAUUUCUUUCAACAUAUGCUUGGUUACGUGGUUCUUAUCCACAAGAAGCUACCUGGAAUUUUUGGGCAGUUGAAGCAUUAACUUUGAUUGGUAGUCUUUUCUUAAUAACUGUCGUACAAAAUAUAUUUAUCGCCUUUAUAUGGGCUGUGUAUGCUGAAGCAUUUGAAAAGGGACGUGUUGCAUUAUUACGAUAUCGUGCCGAACUUAUAUCAGAUUAUGAAGCAUUAGAUGAAAUACAUUUUUCUCAUCCACCUUCAGAACCAGAAUAUAUUUAUUAUUUAGGUAAAUCAAAAAGUUAUGAUACAUGGGAAGGAAUAGUGAAAAAACGUGAAUUAAAGAAAAUAUAUGAGGAUUUAGAAAGCAAGAUGAAUAAGACUAGAUUAUCAUUUAAAGGGGAUGGUGAUGAUGAGAACUCAUUUUUGAAUUAUAAAGAAGUAAAAGAACCUGUUAACAAAUAUGAAAAUAUUAAUAUUGAAUCUAUUGAUGAUGAUAAUAUUUCAAGAAGUGACGAAAGUUUAAAUGAAUAUUAUAAUGAAAAUGAUAAUGAAGAAGAAGAUGAUGAUAAAGAAAAUAUUGGAGAUAUUGGUUUACUUCAUAGGAAAGUUAAUGAAAUUUUACAAAAUAUUAAAGUAUUUCACUAAAGUAUAUUUUUUGUAUAUUAUAUUAUUUGUAUUGUAUAUGUUUGUAUUUUUUAUUAAUUGUAUCUUAUAAUAUAGUUGUAAACUAAUAAAAAUGAUGAUCAAAAUUUCUUUUUGUUAAAUUAAUAAUAAUGAAAAAGUUUUUAUUCGUUUCGUCAGGUUAUCAAAAUUUGAUCGUGUCCAUUAACCCCAUUUCAAAGUGAAAAGUAAUGAUAAAAUUUGUUACCUUAAAAAACGAUGAUUUAGCCUCAAACAGCGACCUAUUUUCACCGCAAAAUGAAUUAGAAGGAAUCUUAUAUUUUUUGAAAAAAUUUUAUCAAAAAUCGUAAAAUAAAAUAAAUAAAUUGAAAUAACGAACUUUAUUGUAGUUACAUUAAAGUUUCAUUUCAUUAAAAAUAUUUGUAGAAUCUAAGAUUAUACAAAGUAAAUCGAGGAUUAUAAGCAUG